UCCAAGUCAGCUCCGAACGAUUUUGAACGCGUGGCUCCUCUCUUGGCAUCGACGAAAGAAAGUCCCAUUCGUCAUCCGUGAGAGAAAAAAUCCUCCGUUUUAAACUUUAAACGAAGAAAGAUCUCCUUUUACCUCCAUGGCUUCAUCGUCGGCCUCAGUGUCAAGAAUUUUGCAGAAGAAUUGCAGAGUUGGUAAUGGAUUUUAUAGGCAAGGGCAUUCUUUAUUUGCGAGGCGGCUUCAAACUCAGUACAAUUGGAAAAUAGUUUUGGAAAACGAGUGGACGAUGGCCGGUAGAGAAGGAGCUCAGAGUGCUGGCAUUAGUUCCCUGAAAGCUGUUUCUGUUGUUCCAAUCACAAAGAGCCUAAAGUUAUCGUGUAAAGCUGAAGCAAACGUCUCUGGUGAUUUUCCUAACCAUGCUCCUGCUGGAAUGAGCCAAUAUGAGAGAAUUGUUGAGCUGCUUACUACUCUCUUUCCAGUUUGGGUAAUUUUAGGAACUAUUAUUGGUAUAUUCAAGCCAGUUGCAGUUACUUGGUUGGAAACAGACCUUUUCACGUUUGGAUUGGGCUUCCUCAUGCUUUCAAUGGGUCUGACUUUGACUUUUGAGGAUUUCAGAAGAUGCAUGCGAAACCCAUGGACUGUUGGUGUGGGAUUUCUAGCACAGUAUUUAAUCAAACCCAUACUAGGCUUUGUCAUUGCAAUGUCUCUCAAGUUGUCUGCUCCUCUUGCAACCGGUCUCAUCUUGGUGUCAUGCUGCCCCGGUGGCCAAGCCUCUAACGUGGCAACUUACAUAUCAAAAGGAAAUGUUGCACUCUCAGUUCUCAUGACAACCUGUUCAACCAUUGGUGCUAUUGUUAUGACACCACUCCUUACAAAGGUCCUUGCUGGUCAACUUGUUCCUGUUGAUGCAGCGGGUUUGGCUAUUAGUACUUUUCAGGUGGUUUUAGUGCCAACAGUUGUUGGAGUGCUAGCACAUGAGUACUUUCCUAAGUUUACGGAGCGCAUAAUCACAAUUACACCUUUGAUUGGAGUCAUACUUACUACAUUGCUUUGUGCAAGCCCAAUUGGACAAGUUUCAGAAGUGCUCAAGUCCCAAGGGGCACAACUUAUAGUUCCUGUAGCUCUCCUACAUGCUGCUGCAUUUGCUCUUGGCUAUUGGCUUUCUAGGUUAUCAACUUUUGGUGAAUCUACUUCUCGUACCAUUUCCAUAGAAUGUGGGAUGCAGAGCUCGGCGCUAGGCUUUCUGCUUGCCCAAAAGCACUUCACCAAUCAUUUGGUAGCUGUACCUUCAGCUGUCAGUGUUGUGUGUAUGGCACUCGGUGGAAGCGCCCUUGCCGUUUUCUGGAGGAACAUGCCUAUUUCAGUCAAUGACAAGGAUGACUUCAAGGAAUGAAUCAGUAGCUGAGUUACAUGACCAUAUCCUACUUUCUUGUCUUAUUUGAAGGGGUUUGCUGCUAUUUAAUUAGAUGAGUUUGAUUAGUUUAGUUUGCCAGUAUGAAACUUAGAUUUUUCUUAGCGGGUAGCUUUUAGUUAAUUAGGAGAAGAGCACCCUGUGAAUGGUGAUAUUCUUGUGCUGGAGCUUAGUUCUUUACUUUGAGCUAUUUGUGAAGAAGUUUUGAAGUGACAAUAUUUGCUGCAGAUGAUUUUGGAAUAAGGUGGGAUGAAUAACUCUAUUGAUGAGUUUUGAAGCAUAACUUAGGCUUGUUUUUGGUUUUU